UUAUUAAAAGUAUUCAUAAAAAUUUAAUAAAUAAAUUAUAAUGAACUAAAUAAUAUUUAAAAAAGAAAAAUGCUAAGUAUGUAUAUAAAAGUACAUAAAAAGAAAAAAAUAAGAGAAAGAUAUCUGGUGAUCGAGUCAAAAAAAAAAAUAAUAUAAAGAGAAGAAAGAGCGAAAAAAUUAAUUUUCAAACUGCGCCAUAAAAUAUUCAAGAAAAUCAAAAAUAUAUAUAUACACAUAAACAUCUAUGAACUUUGGUAAAACUGUGUUAAAUACCUUAUUGUAAAGUGUAAAAUACAAACAGUGUUUUUAGACAAUGUGAAAAAAUAUGAUAAUUACUUGAAAAACAACUUUUUAAAGUAAAAUAAUUACAUAAGUUAAUUGUUUUAUUCAUAUUUGGGAAUUAAUUUUAUAUUAAUCUAAAAAUUCCAAGAUUUAAGCAAUUAAUUCAAAUUAAUUAAAAUAAAUAAGAAUUAAUUUUAUUUCAACAUCGAAAGUGAUUCAUAAAUUUUUUAAUUUUUAUUAAGUUUGAAAUUUUUGCAUAAACCUAUUAAAUAAACUUAAAAUACAUUUUAAAUCAAAUAAUACACAAAAAAAAUUAAAGUGAAUUUAAAAUAAAAUUGAAAAUACUCAACAAAAUAUUAUUUUAUAUAUAAAUAAAUUAUGGAUCCAUAUAAUAAUGAUUGGCAAACACCACCAAGGCCAUCUGAUGAGUCAUUGCAAAUGGAUUUGGUAGCUGAAUUACAGGAAGGUAGUUUUGAGCCAAUAUCAAGAGCACGUUCCAAUACAUGGCCAUUACCAAGGCCAGAAAAUUUUGUUGAACCAAAUGAAGAUCCAGAAAGUACAAAAGCAAGUAAUCAACAAUUGACAGCUGAUGGACAAUCAGCUACUGCACAAAAUUCUGGUUCAGCUAAAAAGAAUUCAUCAAGACGUAAUGCUUGGGGAAAUUUAUCGUAUGCUGAUCUUAUUACUCAUGCAAUCGGAUCUGCUACCGAUAAACGCUUAACACUUAGUCAAAUAUAUGAAUGGAUGGUGCAAAAUGUUCCUUAUUUUAAGGAUAAAGGUGAUACAAAUAGCAGUGCUGGAUGGAAGAAUUCAAUUCGUCACAAUUUAUCUCUGCACAAUCGUUUUAUGAGAGUUCAAAAUGAGGGUACAGGUAAAUCUUCAUGGUGGAUGUUGAAUCCAGACGCAAAACCAGGUAAAUCAGUAAGACGGAGAGCAGCAUCAAUGGAAACAUCAAAAUAUGAAAAAAGAAGAGGUCGAGCGAAAAAACGUGUAGAAGCAUUAAAAAAUGCUGGUAUAACUGGUAUCAAUGAUGCAACCCCAUCACCCUGCAGUAGUGUUAGUGAGGGACUUGAUCAUUUCCCAGAGAGUCCUCUUCAUAGUGCUGGAUUUCAAUUGUCACCUGAUUUCCGUCAAAGAGCGUCAUCAAAUGCUAGUUCGUGUGGUCGUUUGAGUCCAAUUCCAGCAUUAGUUGGGGUUGAACCUGAUUGGGGAUUUGGUUCAACACAAGGACUUGCAGAUUAUCAAAAUACAUCAAUAACACCAGCACAGUCUCAAACUUUAGAUCAAUUAGCAGGCUCAUUUGCCGAUGAAUUAACAAUUCAAAAGGAUAUUUUUCAAGGGUUUAGUAAUGCAUCGAUACCAAAUCAACCCCCACCACCAUACCAACCACCUCAGCCUUAUUCAUUACAUGCAGCAGUAGCACAAUCCUAUGGAAUACAACAAAGUCAAUGUCCAAUACACCGUUCACUGCCAUGUACAUGUUUACAUAAUUCCAGAGAGGGUUUAUCACCAUCUUCAGGAACUGGAAUGUCUCCUUCAUAUCCACACAGUGAACCAUCUACAGAUUCACUAAAUACAUAUACACAAAUAGAUAAUACUUUAGCUCAACAUAAACUAAAUAAUACGCAAAUAGAGGAUGAAUAUAUUCAGACGAAUUUUAUAGAUAAUACUGCAUCAACGCUGAUCGGACAAUGUAUGGAAGCGUUAAAUAGUCAAAACCAAAUGGAGGAUUUUAAUUUAGAAAGUUUUCAUGGUGGUUUAGAGUGCAAUGUUGAAGAGCUAAUUCAACAAGAACUUAGCAUUGAUGGUCUCCUUGAUAUUAAUAUUCCAUUAACAUCAGCAAAUAAUGCAGCUAAUGCAGCAGCCAUAGUCAAUCAUCACAAUAAUAUGUUAAAUAAUCAUCAUCAUCAUCAUCAUCACCAUCAUCACCAUCAUCAUCAACAGCAACAACAACAACAACAACAACAGCAACAACAACAACAACAACAACAACAGCAACAACAGCAAUGUGCAACAAAUUCUCAAAAUUUAUUAAAUAAUAGUGUCACAACAGCAGCAACAAUAAUUGGUAGUAAUACUAGUGUUAUUAGUAAUAAUUUAUUAAAUUCAACAACAAUAGGAACACCAUCAUCAUCUACAAUAGCAACAACAUCAGUAAUAGGAUCAACAUUAGGACAAAUUGAUAUAAAUCAAACAACAUCAACCAAUUCUCAUCCAAAAGUACAAUAUUCUCAACCAUCAGCAAGUGUAACUAGAUCAUGGGUUCAUUGAUGUAUGUGGAAUUCAUAUUCAUAUGGAAAUUAUUAAAGAAAUUAGCAAAACAAAAAAGAAAAAAUGGAAACAUCAACAACAUUUUGAUUAAUUUUUUUUUUUAUUAAAAUAAAAUUUUAAAAUAUAAAAACAAAUUCAACAAAAUGGAGAAAUAAUUAAAAUUAAAAUAAAUUUACUUUAAGGUUUCAAACAACAAAACAAAAAAAUCUAAUCGUCAUAGUUCGCCAUUUGAUCUUAUAGUCUAGCAUAAUUAUAUAUAGAGAAAGUCAUUAAGAAUAAUAAAACAAUAUGGAAGAAAACAGUGAAAAUAAGAAAAAUAACAAACAAAAAAAAAAAUUAAAUUGAAUUUUGUAAAUAAAUUUUUAAAAUUAAUAAAAAAAGCAUCAAAAUAAAUGAAAAAAAUUUUAAAAAAAUUUAAUCAUGUUUAAAAAACAAAAAAAUUAUAGCACAAUUUUAAAAUAAUUGAAUUACGUUUAAAUUUUAAUUGUAGGAAAACCAAUUUUCAAAAACAAAAUGGAGAAAUUGAAGAAAGCAAAAGAAAAUUUUUUGAUUCAAUCAAAAUUAAUUUUAAAUUAAAAAAAUUUUAAAUAAAAAAAAAUUUUUGUAAAAAAAAACAAAAUUAAAAAAAUUCAAAGAUCUUAAAAAAAAAAAUUAUUAAUUUUUCUGUUUCC